AUGGGUGUGGAGCAGGAGCCACCCGUGCAGCGUCAGAUAGAUGCCAUCCGCGCCUUUCGCAACGUCUCCGACGACCUGCUGCUCGUGGACCUCAAGACGUUCGUUACUGAGCACCGGCGUUUACUGGUGAAACCCGAAUACUUCGACCCCAGUGUUAAGGAGACCAAAAUAAAAACCCUCGACCUCAUGAAACAGGCCAUCUAUGGAACUCAGUUGCGGUUGCGUGACCUCGACGGCGUGAUGGAGCGAUUCAAAGAUAACCAAGCGUUCCAGAUGGCGUUCCUUUUCUACCGGCUGGACCAGCUCAUCGUAGACAUGCGUCGUAUCUACACUUUGGCGCUCAACAAGCGGCUGCGCAAGCCCAUGUACCAGCACAUCAUCUGGUACGAGCACCUCGCCAGAAAGCACGUUGACGUGCUGUAUAUAGUGCAGUUCGUGAUCGACACGCACGGGCGAGUGAUGAAGAAUAUCAACGUCAACGUUCAGCCUAUGAUGAGUCAAUGA